GACGUCAUGGCUUGUGGAACAAGGUCUGGCGGGGCGGUUAUGAUGGCCUACCCUCGAGGGGCCAUAGUCAUCCUGGUGUCCUACCUGCUCGAGCGCCUCGUCUACUUCGGGCUCUUCGGCGGUGCUGUGUUCUACAUGCAGCGGAUGUUGGGCUUCACCUCCUCCUCGGCCACGACGGUCAAGGCCAUCAUGGAAGGCCUCGUCUACCUCGCCCCCAUUCCCGGCGCCAUCCUGGCCGAUGUCUAUCUGGGCAAGGCUCGCAUAGUGUUCCUGAUGUGCUGUGGUUGCGCAGUGGGCGCCGCCAUCUUUACCCUCUCUUCGGUCACUCCCAUCAUGGCCUCCUUCAGCGCCGCCAAGUUCACAGGAGUCUUGGGCAUGCUGGUGAUGGGUGUCUGCACAGGGCUCAUGAAAGCUGCAUACACCUCCCUUGGGGCCGACCAGUUUAAAGUCCCAGAACAACGGGAGCAACAGAAGAGGUUCUUUAACGCCUUCUACUGGAUGGUUAACGCUGGCGCCUUCGUCGGGCUAUUCAUAACAGCUCAAAUACGAGACUCUGUCCAGUGCUUCGGUGAUGACUGCUACUUCCUCUCCUACAUUAUAAUGGCCGGCCUCAUGGUUGUCUCCACCGUCAUCUUCGCUGCUGGACGGACGCAGUAUAAGGAGGGGCCCCCAGACAAAAUGAUGAUAAGAGCAGUUCGAUGCAUUGCACAUGCAGUCACCAAGAUCUGGGAUAAGGACCGAGAGCCUGUGCAGCACUGGCUUGACCGUGCUCAGGACAAAUUUGAUGCUCAGUUACUGCUGGACGUGAAGGUGACUUUGCGUGUUCUUCUGCUGUUCUGCACCUUCCCGCUCUUCUGGGCUCUCUUCUUCCAAACCUCCACUGGUAUGAUAUUCCAGGCCAAACGUCUCGACGGCAUGGUAGGCAGCUAUAGGAUCCCGCCAGAAAUGUCUUCCACUGCCAACCCACUGCUAAUUUUAGUUCUCAUUCCACUCUUUGAUUUUGUGGUCUACCCUUUGUUGGCCCGCGUUGGCGUCCUCACCAAGACCACAUCCCGGAUGAUCGCGGGGAUGUGCUUCACCAUCAUUGCCUUCCUGGUCUACGCACUGGUGAACAUGAGCGUGGAACAGACUUUCAUUCCUCCAGAGCACGCGAGAAUCCACGUUUACAACGCACUGCCUUGCCAGAUGGUGGUGGAGGUGCCCUUCGUCAAGACCGGUCAGCUGAGUGUGGAGAGCGGAGGCCAGGUGGUUCUGCCUAGCUUGACUGUCACAUAUAGUGAUGAGGUGGAGGCCAAGGUGACAGCCUCCUGCCUCUCCCCAGACAUGAGGCAGGUGAUAGUGAGGGUGCUGGGUGCCCAUGAGACAACACUCCUUGUCACCUCCACUGGCAUGCUGGCUCUCCCUCCCACACUCGAGUACAUCAAGGACGAAGAUGCAGACACCAAAGUGCGGGUGUUGGCGCCUGCGCACAACGAGCUCAACGUGACGCUCACGUACGACACCAUCCUCUACAACUUCCAGCUCCUGGAAGGAAAGACGGAGUUCCAGCGCAUCAGUCCCCAGGAGUACAAGGUGAUGGUGGAAGAGGUGGAAGUUGGGGAGGCUGCAGUGUACCAGGACGGUGUGUACGACAUCGUCAUCACCACCACCGACGUCUUCCUCUUCCCCAUGACGGCCCCUGCAAACGUCCACAUGUUAUGGCUCCUUCCCCAGUACGUCCUCAUCACCAUAGGCGAUGUCCUCUUGUCAGUCUCUGGCAUGGACUUUGCUUACUCGCAGGCCCCGAUGGCCAUGAAAUCUUUACUACAGGCAGCCAAUCUCUUCACAAUUACUGCCGGCUUGUGGCUCUUUGCAGGACUAACAAGCCUGAGCUCUGCCACGGGGGCCUUCAAGCACCGAGCCUCGCACGAAGCCUUCUUCUAUACUUGUCUCAUGUCCGUCAACACCAUAAUUUUCAUCAUGUUGAUUAAAAGACACAACAAAAACUCGCCAGUAGACCCCGGAAAGGAGUCGAAGAUGACAAGUGAAGCCUGUGAGCGAGACCAACAACAAUUAGCCUCUCACGACAAUCCCGCUUUUGUCAUGGAACGGUCUGUGUAGCCA